GAAAAGAGAUGGAUAUAAUCGGCAGUCUACCAGAUGAUAUCCUUUGCCAUAUUCUAUCUUUCUUUCCAAUAAAAGAAGCUGCUUUAACAUCUCUCCUCUCAAAGAGAUGGCGGAAUCUGUUUGUCUUCAUACCGAAUCUUCAUCUAGAUUACUUUAACUAUCGAAAUAAUCCCAAUAAUUAUACGAGUUUCAGAGAUUUUGUGGAUAGAGUGUUAACUGUGUCAGGCAAUUCUCCACUAAAGAAAUUUGCUCUGAAACAUCCACAGAGUAAUGACGCAGCUCGUGUCAACAGUUGGAUAUGCAAUGUACUGAGUCGUGGUGUUUUGGAUCUUAAUCUUUAUUUAGAUGGUAACUAUAUGUAUUCACUGCCUUUAGAGAUCUUUUCUUGCAAGACAAUUGUUAACUUGAAAUUAGGAAUGAAUUUUGAUAUUGGUAUGGUUCCUGAGAACGCUUCUCUUCCGGCCCUUAGGACUCUAUUUCUUGAUUAUAUUGACUUCUCUAGUAAUUUUGUAGCUCUUCUUUCUGCUUGCCAUGUGCUUGAGGAAUUAACAAUGUAUGUUUUUGAUUGGGAUUACUGGGAACAAUGUCGCACCGUUUCAUGUCCGACUCUCCAGAGACUUAUCAUUAACUGUUAUGGCAGUACGACUUUCGAUCUUUCUCGGAGAAAGACUGUUACGGAUGGUUAUCCAAUUGUUAAUUUUGACUCCCUUGUCGAAGCUAAGCUUACUCUUGCUUCAAGGAAACAUCCUCAAAAAGGCAGUCCAGAGAAUCUGAUUAAGGGGUUAAGAAAUGUAGAGAUCCUCGAGUUAUCGUCUUUUCAAACCUCAGAGACAUUUUAUUCCUUCCGGAAAUCAAUCCCAGUGUUCAAGAACCUAUUGCAUUUAUCUGUUACUACUGAUUCAAGAGAUUGCUGCCGAUGUCUGCCAUUAUUGCUUAAGAACUCUCCAAAUCUACGGACUCUCCUCUUAAAGGGACCCUUGCACUGUGAUCGUCGUUGGCCAGCACGUGAACCUGUUUGCAUGUGCUUUUCCGGAUUAGAGUCAUGUCCUGUGGAGGUCCUAGAGAUAACCGAGUACAAAGGAACUAAAGAUAACUUGGAGCAUAUGAAAAAUUUCCUGGAGAAAUUACUAUGUCUUGAGCUAGUCAAAGUUUGUGCUUGUGAAACAGACGACGAGAAAAAGUUGAAACUCACCAACGACCUGCUAAGGCUUCGCGGACCGUCCAAGUGCAAGAUCCAGUUCCAGUUCAUUGCCUCCUAGUUAGUUGCUCUGUUAUAACAUAAAUCUGUUCUGUGAGCACUCUGAAAGUCUUGUUUCUAGUUCUGUCAUA